GCGCGCACCUCCUGUAAACGUUAGAUUGAAACGAGUUUCCCUCCAUUCAUUUCUAUGCGACGUUCUAACGGGUGGCAAAAGCCGACGAGUUCUCCGAUGGCACCAUAGUAACUAGUAAACAAAUGAAGAUGCUACGUGAAGUAAAUUGCUUGGAAGUGAGACCCACCGUUGGCCGUAGCCUAAUCUACAUUUCAACAGUCCAGCAGGUGGCGGUAAUGCAAACUGCGAAUAAACCUCAUCAAAAGAAGAAAAAGAAGAAGAAGAAGAAGAAGAAGAAGGGAAGGAGUAGUUUGUCUGUCAAACAUGGAAGUGUUUCAGACAUGGUUCUGCGUCGUGUUGGAUAAAAAGAACCUCUCUAAAUUUAUAUGCUACUCACACAGAAAAAACGGAAUGUUGAAUAUUUGCAGUCUGACAGAUGCCACUGAUGUGUGGAGCACUGAGGUCACUGAGGACACCUUCCAGCAGUCUAUAGGGGAGAGUGGGGGGCAGAGGUUUGCCUUGGAGUCUGCAGAGGAUUAUAUUUUGAAUCUCAGGUCAGCCUGUGGUCGGGGGGGUGUGUCUGUGGUGCUCCAUGACUCCAGUGCAGAAGUGUGUGUGAGCUUGGCUGCAGGGGACCUAAGUGUAGCCCUGCACAGGCUGGAGGGCCCCAGGGCCACUGAGGAAGUGAAGGAGCUGCUGUUCAGAAUGGCUGACAGUGGACCCCCCUCUGUCAGUCCAGUGAAACAUGAGCAGAUGCGGCCUGCAGAGUGCCAGCAGAGUGCGGCUUCAGCAGUGACCAUGAAGAAACGACUUCCAGGAGCUUCUCUUAUUAACCCAGGAACUAAAAGGAAGCGCCAGGCCACCGGCGUGGCCUUCGACGAGGACGACUGAUCCUUCAACGACUCAGUUUUUUCUCAAUGUUUUAAAUGGCAAAUGAUAUCAAAUGAAACUGGACUACAAUUUUUAUUGGUUAUUUAUUUACUGAAUAAAUGAUUUUGAAACUUCUUUUUUGAAUAGACUGAUUGUCUGAUAGACUCUUGUAAUCAGUUUUCAUUGUUAUGUCUAGUUUGAAUUAAACAUAAGGGAAACAUUUGUAUUUUUCCUGUGAAACAAAUUAAAUUAAAACUAUACAGCACAUGUUGAACUUUGA